AGCUCCAUAAAGUUGUGAACUCGAUUGGAGGACAGACGCAGCUGCUGCAAAAAUUCAGUCUUUCAGCGCAAAGCGAAAGAAUUUUUGUUCUUGUUGAAUUUGUGUAGGUUUUUUUUUAUAAUUUGUGUGAUUUUUUAAAUCUUUUAAUUUAGUGUAGAAUUAAAUACUAAAAACACCUAUAAUUGUAUACAAAAAAGGAUUAUUUCGACAGUCGUAGUGGUUUGGAGAAGAAAUAAAUAUGUCUGAUUGUGAAGAUUUUUCUGUGCAAAAUCCCCUAUAUACACAUCUUAAAUGUUUAUAAGGGUUAAGAAAAUAAUUGAAUAAAUGUGUGAAGUUUUUCGGUGUUUAAACCUGUUUUGUGUUAUAUUCUUCCACAUUGCAUCUCUAUAGUUUUUGAAGGGAUAUUCAAAAAGGAAAAGAAAAUUCCAGACGUGAGAAUCCACUUGAGCUGUAUAUUUGCCAUGGAAUUUAUUUAAUUUUGUGCUAUUUAACGAGUGAAUAUGUUCGUGAUGAUCCAGUGCAGUUUCUUUUCUUUACAUCUUUCAUACAAAAAAGUAUACUGAAAUUCAGUGUUUCGUAAAAGAUGCACGAGUAUUUAACAUUAAAUGGCGAAUUGCGCUAUUUGGUUCCACAUGAGAUGACGCUGCUCUACUCCGCUGGACGGUUAUAGAGCACUUGAGUGUUAUUUUUUUCAACACUUAUCCAUUAAUACAUUUCUCUGUGUUAUGAUUAAUAUACCAGUAUUAUAAUUUAAAAAAAAAACAUGAAGAAAGAGUAUUUCGAAGGUGUUUAUGCUCACUGGUUAGCAAAGUGAAAUUAUAAAUAUUUGAGUGCUUCAUGAGUAGUAAAAGAAAAAAAGAAGAAGAUGGUUUUUUGCAAAAAGAAGAUGUGAAGUACUGUUAGCUCAACGUUAUUGGAGGAUAAAAGAAAAAAAAAAGAAGAAGUGUAGUGUCUGGUUAACACAAAAUUACUCAAGUGAAUUCUGCAAUAGAUACAAAAAAGCCCAAUUGUGCGGAUUUUAUAUACCUACAUCCACAAGGAUAAUUAACUCUCAUCUCUCCUUUGUCUGCUGAAUGAGUUUGUUACAAAAAAUACGCUGAUUUAACCAAGAUGUCAACUGGACUAAUGUCUUGUGUUCGUGAAAAUUCACCACCGUUAGAAGGUGUAUCAAUCCAACUAGAUGAUGGAGACAAUGGAUUCUCACAUUCUCCAGAACCAUCAGAGGCACAGAAACGUCGAAGAUUUCAUCCACUGAGAAAUCUGCGGCGAAUCUUCCGCAGGCGAACAGUGCCACGAGGAGACUUCACAGGUCACAGUGGAGACAACUGUAGUAGUAUCCCAAGUGGCGGAACUAGUCAAGUGGUUAAUUCGUCUGACUCCAGUUCUCCACCAUCAAUAGUUGAUGUUACAGCAUCUGGAUCAGUCACAUCUGGUGGAUAUACAACAACAAUUUACUUAUCAAAAGAAAGACAAGAAGGAAAUUUUGAAAGUAGAAGUGGUAAAAUUGGAAAAAGAAAGGAUAUCCUCGAUGAGAUGGAGCAAGAUAUGACGGACUACCAGAGAAGCUUUAGUGAUGGAUUACUUUUAGAUAGUGCGUAUAGCUGUGACGCUUUAUCACAAUCUCAUGAUAGUGUUUUCUCUGAAUCAGCAAAUGCUAGCAGUCUAUCAAUUGUACUAAAGGCUGAAUUGGUGGAUGUAUUGCGAAAAAGACGAAAUCGCCCUGAUGCUUCUGAUGAAGACUUAGGAUUACCACGUAGCCCAACAACACCACAAAAAAAGAAUUGUCCCCUGAAUCACAGUGAAGGAUCUUUGAGCUUAUUAAGUAUGGUUAGUACAGAAAUGGAAGCAGAGCCCUAUAUCGCUUUAAGUGGUAGCAGUGCUCCUACGAAGCGGUCUCUUGAUACCUAUCAAGUCCCGGAAGAACAAGACUUGAAUCUAUCAAGUGGCUCCAAGUUAAGUCAUUCAGCAGCUCGACACAAAAUGGCUGUACGUCCAAAUAAGAAGAAAGGCCCCAGUAGACAUCGUCGAGCAAUUGAGAUGAAGAACUCCGCAUUACCAGUUACACCAGAACUCAAUGAGGAUACAUUAAAAAUCACAUCAAACUUUACUUUGGAUAAAAAAGUGAGGUCAAAAUCACUACCACCGGGUGUUAAUUCAAAAAUGCUGGAGGAGCAAUCAUCUAAUUGUCUACAGCUAUCCACGAAUAUGCUUACAAGUUCAACUGAGUCAUCAUCAUCCACGAUAUAUGUGAAUCCACAACUAUCAAAGAGUUAUGCAUUUGAAAAGGAAACUGAAAGUGUAUCAUCAUGUGAGGAGCGACAGGAAGCAUUUGCGUCAGAAAUCAAGGAGAAUUUGCGCAAUUUAACCAGUGGAAGUGCUGAGAAUAUUAAUUUAUUCCCAAGUAAGGAUCAUGGAAGGGAGCAAGAUGAUGGCUGUGGGAGGAUAAAAGUGGCAAAAGAGAACAAAAUGCGACAACCACGUUCAGGGGCAGCUGCAAGGCAGCGUAUUAUACCCAAAGAUCUAUCAUUUUCACCAGAAGUUUCGAGAAGUACAAAGAUUUCAAUUGGUGAAGGUACAUUGGGACAUAAGGAGAUUGCAGAUACUCCGAAAAUUUGUGAUUUUCUACCACGAACCGAACCAAAGAUUAAUUCGUGUGAAAAAUUAUACUCUCCUAAGCUCAUUAAUGAAAGUGGAAUAUCUAUAAAGUGUCACGAUACUGUAACACCUAUCCGUGGUAUUGAUGAAGAUAAAGACGCUGUGGCACCACCCCCGAAAGUUGUUUGGCCCGACAGUAGCACAUCUGCUGGUGCCAAGAAAACUAAUGACCUACAGGUGCGAACUAUUGAUGUACGUAAGUCACCACGAAGGAAAAGUGUUGAAAAGUCCAAGAGUUUUCGAUUCUACUGCGAGAAUGAUGCUGAAAAGAUGCCACAGAAUAAUUUACCGAGUUUACCAGAUCUCUCUCUGGGGGCAUUUGAUGAUAAUUCAACUUCCAGUGCAAAAAUUAAUUUAAUGAAAUACACACCAACAAUGAAAUUUGAGAUAAAUGAUAAUAAUUUGGUGAAACCAAAAGAGGAACCCUAUCACUUUGAGAAUAAUUCAUAUGGAAAGAAUAUUAUUUUAACACCAAAUAAAUAUGGGAAUACAACGAAUAUUUCUCAAAUUGAAGAGAAUAUUGAUAAACUCGUGAAGAGUACAUAUGUUACAGUGUUGAAGAAAUCACCUGACAAUGGUACUGAAGUAGUUGAGGCUAAAAUACGGCAUACACCAGCAAGGGAAUUACCAGUUGAACGUGAUGUGUCUGAUGUGGAAUUGCGUAAUAAUGGAGUCGAUGUUGUAAAGAAUCGUCGUCCAACACUCUCUGUGGGUGACAAUAAUUCAAAAGUUCCUGAAUUUAUGAAAAUUCAAUUGAAUCGUGUUGAUUCAACACGCCCCAAGAGUCAUGUUGUACUCUCGAAGAAUGUCAAAGAGGACAGUAUGCGGAGGCAUAGUACUGAAAUACUCGAAACCAUAAAGGUAACAACAACACCUGAUGAAAAGAAGGCACCCCAGAAAAAUGCACCGAAUGCUGUGAACAUUCCCAAGAUUGUGGCAACAAAGAAAAACUUUAUGGAUAGUAUUCAGUUUUCUGAACCAGUGCAGUCACGUACGACUGAAGCAUUAAACGAGGUGAAAACACUUUUAGCUGAGAGACGACUAUCAGUAUCAGAUGAGAAGGCCAAAAUUGAACGAAGAUUAUCUGUGAGUGAUGAUGCAAAAGUUGAGCGAAAUAGUAGAAAAACAUCUGAAGACUCCGGUAUUGUACCAAUUAAUCGCAAAGCUUCAUCCGAUGAUGAGAAUACGGUUAUUUUGCGAAAGAAAUCAUCAGCAACACAAUCAAAGGAAGAUAAUACACCCGAAUUGAUUAAAGUCUUUGCCAGGCGUUCCCUGAAGCUGAAGGAUACCGAUGAUAUGCAAAUGUAUGAGCAAUUUGAUAAGAAUAGCAUUUGUAAAAAUGCAAAAUCUGCAAAUAUAGACAGUGACAAGGAGAAUCAAUCAUCGAGUGAAGAGAAAUUGGAUCAUUUGACUAAGAAUGAAUCGGUAUUUGUGACAAAUGGGAACUUUGCAAAACCACCAUCAGGUAAAACAUUGAUGUGUGAAGAGAAACUUUCAACGCCGAAAAAGCAUACAGAACCAUGUGAUAACUAUCGCAAGGGUAGCCUAUUGAGCCCCAAACCAUUUGCCACAAAUAGCCCCAAUCGCUUCUCAACCAGUAAUGUACUACCCUAUCGUACUACAGCUACGACAUUUCAUGAUAUUCGCAAAAGUAUGGGAGUAUCAACGACCACUCCUGAAAUAACCAAUCACCAAAAUACGACAAAUAAUAAUAAUGCAAUAUCAAAUGAAAUAUCAAAUAAAAAUAAUAAUAAUAACAUCACAACAACUAAUGAUACGCAUGUUGCAACACAAAGUUCAACUGAAGAUAAUGGGAGUUUAGUCGAUGAGGAAACGUGUGAAUUUAAAGGAAUUCUCCAACGUCGUGCAGAAUGGGAGAAACGCGCAAAGGAUGCGUGCAAGUAAAUGAGUUUAAAAUGAAAAGAAAAGGUUUAUAAAAAAAGUGAUUGAAAUUUAGUAUGAAAAAUAUAUAUUUUAAUAAAAAACACAUUUACAAAAAAAGAGUCAAAUAUUGUAAAGUAUUUUCUAUUAAAUUAGACUUGCCUAUUAAUAUAUAGGAAUAGUUUUUUUCUCUAAAUAAUCUUGUAUAUACCUAAAUAUUAUAAUUGCUUUUCAUAUUUUACUUUCUCACUACUAAAUCAAUGUUAUGGAAAUUUUAGAAUGAAAGUGUUAUAGUUUAUUUUUGAACAAAAAAUUUUUUUAACCAAUGAAAUUAAUAAAAUUGUUGUAAAAUUGACAAAUAAAUUGAAAAGUUUUUAAGGACAUAUUAGAUCAUUGAAAAAAAAUGUUGCUCUAUUGAAUGUUAACUACUGUUCCCCAUAUUUAUAGAAAGCAAAAAUUAUCUAAUAAAACUGUAGAACAAUGAUGUUAAAUAAAAAAAAGAAAAUGUAUUUUCGAUCAAUUUUCAAUUUGAUCUUUGUAGACUGUUUUAUAUAAUUUCACAGAAAUAAAAUUCUUUCGCUAUAUUGAAAGUGAUUAUUAAAGUGAUUGAAUGCAUUGAUGAAAUAUCAAGAUCAAAUUGUAUAUCCAAGUAGGGUAUAUGCAUAUAACUUUCUAUGUGAUAAAUUUAAUCAUUGAGCACUAUUCCAUAAGAAUAUAAAUUUAUAUAUGCAUAUAGGUUACGCAUAGUUAACUAAAAUGUAUAAUUUACUGAAAAACAUACGACUAGUGUGACUAGUUAAUGUUACUAACUGUACUGAAAAAUAAUAUAAUACAAACUUAAUGUUAAA